AGUAUUAGAGGUAGUGGAAACAUCAAAUGAUUCUGUUAUGCAAGGUAGUUCUCAUUUAAGUAGCUUACAAGAUCUGCUUGAAGAUACAACUUUUGAUAUAAUAGGAAAAAGAAAAGAAAAUAUGAAUUUUAUAAAAAAAAAUUUGAUGUU